AUGGAGGAACUACGCAACGAAGUGGCGGCCCUCCGCGAAGACAAUGCCAAGCUCAGGGAAAUGGUGAAAAGAGUGAUGCCUCCCGGAAAAGCUAAGGCAAUGGACGUGGAGGAAUCCAAAAAUAUCCCAAUUCCAGAUUCACCGGUGCGCGGAUACAGGACGAGGAAGGGCACAAGAAACGUGAUCCUGGAAUCGGAGUUAUCGGACGAUGACAAAAGGGAAAGGGAGAGACAGGAGAGAAAGGCGGCAGAGGAGAAGAGGAUCCGCAUGCUCUCUGACAUGGAGGCAGAAGGUAUGCCAGAAGUGAUUAGGCCGAAGCUGGGCGGCAAAUCAGCGCUGCUCGAAGCGGCUAUUCCGCCUAAAUCCCAAACGCCCGAACAACCGGUGCCCGUGGAACGGGAUAGGGAAUGGGCUAUGAAGGAGAGGAUAAUGAAUGCCCUCACAAAGGGCAUGGAAGGGCUGUUUACUAAAUGGACGGCUAGCGUGGGAAUAAGUAUGAACGCGGCACCCAGUAAACAGAACGCUGAGCCAGUCCCAGCUGGAAACAAGGUAGUGCCAGCGAUCAAGAAGGCCCCUCCAAAUAAGGGAGCGGGUACGAGGGGCAAUACCAAAGACCCUACGACGAAUGACAAGGGCAAAGGCAAGAGCAGUAAGCCCAAAUUCACAUUUGCCGAAGCCGUGAAGAGCGCUACCACUAGCAGCGGAACCGGGGCCAAGAAUAACGCGACAUCUGGCCCGGGUAAUAAGAAGACAGCUGGGAACAAAGCCCCAGCGACCACCGCUGAGCCCAAGAAUGCGGCCAAAAUCCGGGGCUCGUCGGCCUGGGCUAUGGUCGCAAGGAGAAGGGGGAGACCUGUGAUGGCGGCAGGCAGCAAGCGACUGGUCAAAAAGCGAUUGACACCAAUCGCCAACAAGAAUGGUCAAAACAAGGCCGAUGGGAAGUCCGGGUCUGGAAGAAGGAAACUGCCGCAAAGCGCGGCAGUGACUCUGACCAGUCUGGACGGCGGAUAUGAGGAGCUAGUAAAAGAAACCCGCAGCAAGGUUAAUCUUGCUGAAUUGGGCAUUACGACGGGCUUUAGGCCCAAGAGAGCCCAAACCGGGGCUCUCAUUAUCGAGAUUCCCGAGGACUCUGUGUCGGAGGAGGAGUUGGCGGCGGUCAUCGCGGAAGCGGGUGGUUGUUCGCCAGUCCAUGUACAAGUCGGCUCCAUCAGGUCAGGGACAAAUGGCCUAAACAUCGCGUGGGCGAGAUGCCCACUCGCAGCACUGAACGCCAUUCGCGAGAAAGGCGGUAAGCUGCGGGUGGGAUGGUUCGUCGCCCGAGUGCAGGAGCUCGGACAAAGGCUCCUCCAAUGCUUCCGCUGCCUGGAGGGAGGCCACGUUCGGGCUCAAUGCACAAACCCGAUUGACCGCAGUGAGCGGUGCUACAGAUGCGGCGCGCAGGGGCAUUUAGCCCGAGAAUGCCGCGAGGUUCCCCAGUGCCCAGUCUGCGCGGAUCUCGGCAGACCAGCGGGACACCGGGCGGGCGGGAAAUCGUGCACCUGCGCCAAAGCUAAGGCCAAGCCUCAAAGAGCGGCGGGUGCCACCAUACCCAAUUCCUCCACGAGCAGAGGAAAGGACAAAAUGGAAGUGGAGGUGGACAAAUCCUCGGAGAAGUUAUACCAACUCCCGAGGAUAACUGCUAUGGAGAAGGUCAGCAUGCAGGGGUUCGGCAAGCAGCCGGUAAAGAGGACAGCCUCGACUGCUAACGUAUGUGGCGAGACGGAAAGCAACGAGAAACCGCUCGCCCAGAAAAGAAAAAAGAAUAGAGGGCAGAAGAAGGGGGAGCAGAUACAAGUCCACCCACUGCCGUCACACCGGUGCCUGCAGCAAUGCUAA